UUUUCUACUUCUGAAGUGGUCUGAGGCAAUAAUCUUGUGCACCUACCACUUCUCGAAAGUUGUCAAUGACAGGAUACACCCCCACCCUCCACCCCAUCCUAGAGACCAUGGAUUACUACUUAGGAUGAAAAGGCACCUGCUGGCACCAGUGGCUAAUCUGGACAUGAGAUGUAAUUGUGAUUUGCGCUCUGAAAAACCGCUGGAGGCCACGCCAAUGUGGACGGGACUCUGACUGACAAGACACGCACGCCAGCACACAAACAUCCAGCGUGAAAGCGAGACCCCCGGAGUAGUCCAUAUCCAACCAGACACACUCUAAAUGGAAUCUGGGCUUGGAAGAAGCGAAGACAACUGCAGUCAUCAAACUGAACAUUUUGGAGGGUGUUCCUAUUCCCUUAUAUGGCAACAGAGCUGGGAAAUCAUUUGAAUUAGUCUGGUUUCUGUUGCAUGCCUGUCUGCUUUUAGUGCUGACUGAGUUCCAUCUGGUGUGUUUCUGUCUCUGUGUGCGUGUGUGAAUGUGUGGGUGCCGUGUGUGUGGCUUGAUUUGUUUGUUUUGCCAUUCUUGGUUCUUCUUUUCCAGUUGUUUGCAUGUGGGGUUUUUGUUUUGGUACAAGAGGAGGGCUUGUGUUUGUGGUUAAGCUAAAGGCACCGUCAUUGCCUCAGGGGUGGCUGCUUCAUUCAGACUGUGUAGCACCUCUUGCUAUUUUUCCCCUACCUCCUUCCUGCUCCCUCACUUGCACCGCUGUGAUGGUCUGUGUUUGUUGGAGCAACACACCCACCUGGGUGCAGAAACGUGCAACCAAGGACUGAAACCGGGUCUGUCUGUACAAGGAAUCUAUCAGAAAGGUGGACUGGAGCUUCUGGUGAGGAGCAGGCAGUGUUUAGAGUGGACUCACUUCCCAAUGAACUGGAUGUUUCUUUCUUUCUUUUUUAUUGCGACAAGAUGUGUGACCCAGAGGGAACUAAGAGAGGCCCAGGAAGUUCUAGCUGAUAUAGACAAACUUUGAUCAUGAGAAAAAGGAUUAUGGCAAAGUUCUAAACACAGAAGUAGAGCAUUCAGCACGGUCUGGUGCCGCCAACUUGAAUGACAGACAACUGGCGUUAAAUUUGUGUUAUGUCAAGUUCAUCGCCACAUGUGGAUUGUUUUUACCAACACAUCUGGCCAAAUUGAUUGCCAUGGCUACGGCAGCAUGGUAUCAUCGUGACAUCAGCCGUGUGCAAGCGGAGGACUUGCUGGCACGGGCAGGGAGGGAUGGCAGCUAUCUAGUGAGAGACAGUGAGUCUGUGCCAGGAGCCUAUGCUUUGUGCCUGCUGUUCCAACGUCAUGUUCACACCUAUCGUAUUCUUCCCGAUUCAGACGGCCUUCUAGCUGUUCAGACCACACAAGGGGUGCAGGUCAACUGCUUCCGCACGCUGGAGGAUCUGGUGUUGGGGUACCAGCAUCCCCACAAGGGCCUGGUCACUCCUCUUCUCUACCCUGUUCCCCGUGAUACAGACACUGGGGAUGAGAGCUCAGACGAUGAGAAGCCACCUCCAGUUCCAGCCUCUACCAACACAGUGCCUUUCACAGGAGCACCUGCAAAACCAGCCCCUCAUGCCCUGUUUCUGGACAAGUUACAGGAACUGAACGCAUCCAGCACUGCGGGUGAGAUGAUUGGUCUGCUCAGUGACUACCUCUUCAGCGAGCUGCCUCUCGACAUUGAGAAUGUGCAUAAAGGGGCAACAACUCUAUGCCACCUCAAGCGUACCCUGGGUACUGCCUGCCAAGGUCUACACAGUGAGAUUGACCUGACUCUCUCAAGUCUGGAAACCCUGGCCAAAGUCUUCGACCAUCCUAGCUGCACUUUAACACAUACCAAGGCACAGGAUCCAGAGAUGGAGAUAGACAGCUUGUUGUGUAAGAUUUCAGCUUUGGUCAGCCUCCUUUCUUCAUUGGAGAAAAAGGUAUUAAAAGCAUUACAAGAUGCUGUGACCAAUCACAAUCUGGCAGCGCAGCCCAACCCACCCCCUCCUGAACCGGCACCCACCAUCGUAACACCUGCCAAGAGUCACGCCAGACCGCUGCCUGUCCACUCCUUUCAGAUAAAGAUGGUGAGGUACGGUAGACAGACCGUUUCUGUGGACGUAGACACCGGGGUGCUGCUCUUUGACAGGAAGUCUGGUUCAUUUGGUAUAGAGAGGGUCUCACAUGACAGAAUCCUUCAGAUUGUCAAGUUCCAGAGUAGCCCGGCCAAGGUACGCAUGGUUGUUGACAGCCACCACAGCACGCCACGGGAGAUGAUGUUUGAGAGUGCACGGAAACGUGAUGCCUUCUGCCAACUCCUGCAGCUGAUGAAAACCAGGCACUCUCAACUGAGUGAACCUGACAUGAUCUCUGUGUUUGUUGGCACCUGGAAUAUGGGUGGUUCCCCUCCUCCUCGCAGUCUGCAGACAUGGGUGACCUGCUGCGGUUUGGGACGCACCCCUGAUGAGUCGACCGCCUUGCUCCCUCAUGACAUCUAUGCCCUGGGGACUCAGGAAAACCCUCAGGGGGAGAAGGAAUGGACAGAACACAUCAAAGCAACCCUUCGCAGCUAUACUCACAUUGACUUCAAACAAGUGGCAGUACAGUCCCUCUGGAACAUGAGGCUGGCUGUGUUUGUGAAGCCAGAGCACCAGAGUCGCAUCAGCCAUGUGAACACAGCCAGCGUGAGGACUGGCCUGGGGAACACGCUGGGACACAAGGGGGCUGUCGGAGUGUCCUUCCUCUUCAACGGAACAUCUUUUGGGUUUGUCAACUGCCACCUGACCUCUGGAAGCGAGAAAGUCCUGAGGAGGAACCAGAACUUUCUGGACAUCCUCAGACUGCUCUCUCUGGGCGAAAAACAGCUCGGAGCCUUCGACAUCAGCCUGCGCUUCACCCACCUCUUCUGGUGUGGAGACCUCAACUACAGACUCGAUUUGGACGUACAGGACAUCCUGAAACAUGUAUCUAAGAGAGAGUUUGAGGAACUCAUGUGUGCAGACCAGCUGACGCGAGAGAGACACAAGAGGAAGGCCUUUCUCAAUUUCAAGGAAGAGAAGAUUACCUUCCCACCCACCUAUCGGUAUGAACGUGGCUCUAGGGACUGCUACCUGUGGCAAAAGUACAAGACUUCGGGAGUGCGAGUCAACGUCCCAUCGUGGUGUGACAGGAUCCUGUGGAAGUCCUACCCAGAGACGCACAACGUCUGCACUGCAUAUGGUUGCACAGAUGACAUCUUCACAAGUGAUCACUCACCUGUUUUUGCCACAUUCGAAGUGGGAGUGACGUUGCAGUUCAGCUCCAAAACAGAUGUAAAUUCAAGCAUGGAGAGGGCCUGGAUAGAGCUUGAAGGCAUCGAGUCCAUUGUGAAGACAGCAAGCAAGGCAAAGUUCUUCAUUGAAUUUCAUUCAUCUUGCCUUGAAGAGACACGACGCUCAAGUGAGAAUGACUCGCAGAGCUGCGACGUCCCCCGGUUUCUCAAACUAGGAUGGUCUUUCAAACAACUGCCGAAGCUUCUUCCAAUCAUGUCCGACAAGGAGUAUCUGCAGGAUCAGCACCUACUGUUGUCUGUCAAGUCAUGCGAUGGCUUUGAGUCAUACGGUGAGUGUUGCGUGGCUCUGCGCUCACUCACUGGUGCUUCUGAACAGUUUGAGACAUUUUUGAGUCACCGAGGCGAGGAGAUGGGCUCAAUAAGAGGACGGGUCAGGAUCCAUGUGCCAAAGGACAGACGAGGAACGAAAGACAAAAGCUACGAGUUGUUCCAUUUUGAGAAAGAUUCUGGUAGAGGACACGCGUCUCCCGCAUCUACACGGGUUGCCAUGAACAGGUCCUCUGCAGUUCCUCCGAAACUAACUCCGAGCAGCUACACCAAUCCUGCCUACUUCAUCUUCGAAGGUGUGUCAGUGACGCGAAGGGUGGAGGAGGCUCUCCCUCCACGAAAGGACCCUCAGGUGAUCUGGUCUGGAAACGAGGCCUUGCAGCUCCCAAAAAUCUCAGGACGUCAGGGCUUUGACAGGAGACCCUGUCGCAGAUCAGACUUUACAGAGAUUGAAAUUCCAGUCAUCCUGCCCCAUUGCAAUCCAACUAAUGACCUUCAAACAUCACAAACCAACUCCUCCUAUCAGCUUUUCCCUGCCAAAAACCCAUCUCCCAUACCUCCACCCUCAAAUGACUCCAUGUCACAGUACCAGGAACAGACUUCCCAACACAGAGACAAAUAUCAUGGUAAAAAUAUAGUUCAAGAGUCCAUACUGCCCGAGAAGAACCUGAGGAACUUGUAUAUGAAUCACUCGGCAAUCAUCAGGGAAAAAGCCAGAAGGGAUCAACAUCAGUUUCUCCCAGAAAGGACCAAUCCCAUACAGGCAGCCAAAGCCACACCGGCAGCUUUCUCCUACAUCCCCACUCACUUAGCUCCCUGCCAGGUGUCUGUCCCCUGGAUAGCGAAGCAGCAGCCCCCUGGACCUACAGGAGACAACUCCCUCACUGCUUUGCAAAUUGCCAAGUCUCUUAGUGAAGUUGACUUCUUCCCCACAGAGCAGAAAGGCCCAUCCAUACCCCACCAGAGGCCAGGUUAUAGAAAUGGUCCUUCCAUGCAUGGGGACGGAGGCUACAGCUGGGAGAAAGAGGUGUCGGUCCUCCAUGGUGCACCUGAGACGGUGCGGGAGCUUCUCAGUGCACUGGGUCUUCAGAAAUAUACCCUGGGACUCAGCCUCAAUGGCUGGGAUGAUCUGGAUUACUUCAGUGGUAUCACUGAGGAGGAUCUACGCGCUGCAGGAGUGAUGAACCCUUCACACCGACGUAAGAUCCUCGAGAACCUGCCCAGGAACUGGAAUUGAGACACAAAGAAAUUAAAAAACGAUGGCGCUACAAAGCCUAAUAGUCUGCUCAACCAGAACUGGAAGAAGUGUUAGAGCUGAGAUCUGAAAGGAGAAAACACUGACCGGAUAUCAGUCACAUCAGCUGGCCUUUACCACGGCCCUGCCAUCUUUUCAUUUACUCGAUCAAUACUCGAACAAUAGUUUGCCUGUGUCAACACAGGAAAGGGGCAAUGACGCGGGAAGUACUUGUUGCACUGUCUGCUUUAUUCAUCUAUCCAUCUUGAAGGAUAAUAAAAGAGGUGGAUGAUAUGAAUGGCAAAACCAUAAUGCGUAUCUCCAGUUACUGACACAUAUACAAAUAUUGAUUAUGGUAUAAAAGUCUCAUAGAUUUUUCUUUUAAAUGAAUUUUAAAUGCCUGUAGAAAUACAGACCUUCAGUUUCCAAUGUUCACUCAAGGCUAGUGUUUACCAGUCAGCUUCAUCCCUCCUACUGUGCAUUUUCAAUUACUCUGCUAUUAUUGAGCCUGGAACUGAGCUUGUAAAAGCAACCUAUUAAACAUGUGGAGCAUAAAAUCCAUACAUGUACAUAUCUCCAGGAAGACUGUCUGUAAAGUUGGUAUAGAAGGACCUGCCAUCUCUCGUUUUGUUUACUGUCUCGUACUGUUAUGCUAUCGUGUCCCUUGAUCAGCACCUGUGUCCACUGUGCAUGUUUUAUGCAAGCUUUCUCAAAGUAAAGUGCAUAAAGCAA